UCUCAGAAUCCUUCGGUGGUAGCCAUGGCUCUGCCACCGUUCUUCACCCCAGGUCGCCCCGGCCCACCACCUCCGCAGGCGCUGCCUCCCGCUCCCUUCGGCUGUCCGCCACCGCCGCUGCCCUCCCCCGCUUUCCCGCCGCCUCUUUCCCAGCGACCCGGCCCCUUUCCCGGGGCCUCCGCUCCCUUCCUCCAGCCCCCGCUGGCUCUGCAGCCCCGGGCCCCUGGGGAAGCCUCCCGUGCCGGCGGCGGUGGCGGCAGCGGAGGUGCCUUCUACCCGGUGCCUCCACCGCCGCUUCCUCCGCCGCCUCCCCAGUGCCGGCCCUUCAUAGGGAUCGACGCCGGCGAGCGCCCGCGGCCGCCGCCUCCAGCCCCCGGGCCGCCCUGGAGCCCGCGCUGGCCUGAUGGGCCGCCGCCCGACGUGCUUGGGGAUGCGUCCCUGCAGCGCCUGCGCGACCGGCAGUGGCUAGAGGCGGUAUUCGGAACCCCUCGGCGAGGGGGCUGCCCUGUGCCCCCGCGCGCGCCCUGCGGGCCCAGCCUGGGCGAAGUGCGUGCGCGGUUACGCGGGGCUCUGCGCCUGGUGCGGCGGCUGCGAGACCUGGGCCAAGCCCUGCGCGAGGCCGAGGCCGACGGUGCGGCCUGGGCACUGCUGCACGCCCAGGCGGGGCCGCUGCGCGCCGAACUGUCUGAGCGACUGCACUUGCUGACCCAGGCCGCCUAUGUAGGCGAGGCACGGCGGAGACUGGAGAGGGUCCGGCGCCGCCGGCUGCGGCUUCGCGAGAGGGCCAGGGAACGCGAGGCCGAGCGGGAGGCGGAGGCUGCGCGAGCUGCGGAGCGCGAGCAGGAGAUUGACCGCUGGAGAGUCAAGUGUGUGCAGGAGGUGGAGGAGAAGAAGCGGGAACAGGAACUUAAAGCCGCUGCCGACAGUGUCUUAUCUGAAGUGAGGAAAAAACAGGCAGACACCAAAAGAAUGGUGGACAUUCUUCGGGCCUUGGAGAAACUGAGGAAACUCAGGAAAGAGGCUGCAGCAAGGAAAGGGGUCUGUCCUCCGGCCUCAGCAGAUGAGACUUUUGAGCAUCAUCUUCAGCGACUGAGAAAACUCAUUAAAAAACGCUCUGAACUAUAUGAAGCUGAAGAGAGAGCCCUCAGAGUUAUGCUGGAAGGAGAACAAGAGGAAGAGAGGAAAAGAGAACUAGAGAAGAAACAGAGGAAAGAAAAAGAGAAAAUUUUACAGCAGAAGCAUGAGAUUGAGUCCAAGUUAUUUGGAGACCCAGAUGAGUUCCCGCUCGCUCACCUCUUGCAGCCCUUCCGACAGUAUUACCUCCAGGCUGAGCACUCCCUGCCGGCGCUCAUCCAGAUAAGGCAUGAUUGGGAUCAGUACCUGGUGCCAUCUGAUCAUCCUAAAGGCAGCUCUGUUCCCCAAGGAUGGGUCCUUCCCCCGCUCCCCAGCAACGACAUCUGGGCCACCGCCAUAAAGCUGCAGUAGCGAAGACGCCCCAGGAGUGUGGACCGGGCAACGCUCUUUCCAGCUCUAAAUAUUAGUGACGCUGCCAUCUUCUUAUGCUUUAGACUGAACAUCAGCCUGUGACUCCGCAUGGCGUGGCCCUACCCAGAAGUUACAUUUUCCUCCUGUGCUCUGUCCUGGCCAGUGGUGCUUCUUGAAUCAGGAGAUUAAUGUGGUUCUUUAGGAAAGAACCUAGGUAAACUAGGGCUAUGACCACAUGCCUUGGUUCAUUGAAUUUGCCUCUGUUUUGAGGGGCUUGGUCCAGAGUGACUUAUUAGUUCACUGCACUUCCUUGAGUGGUGAUGGGUGAGUACACGCCAUACACUCCACACAGGUGUGCACCAGGCAGUGUAGCAGCCCUUCCCCCAGUACUGAGUGUGAAGGCAAGUUUGUUGCAAAACCUCCUUGCCCUUCCUACCCAAAAAGCCCUCUGACUUCCGGGGAGAAAGGUCAAAAUGCUCUACCUUUGGUUUUGCAGAUCCCACUUUUGGUGCAGCUUGCGAGGCUGCAGGCUGGGCUGGUAGAACAGCUGGUGGCUGAGUCAGGUGGUCAUGUGGAGAACUAGAACACCUGCACAGUACCCGAAUUUGGAGGGUGUCUUAAUGGAUAAUGGUUCCCUUUCCCCCACGUUAGAAGGAUCCUAAUGAAAGGAACUGCUUUUUAUGUUCCUGGAGGUCUAGUUCAGGAUUCCCAAGGAUGGAAACUAAUUUCCCUAUGGGAGUGAGACCUGGACCUCAUGCACUCAGUGGGAGCUGGCAUAGCUUACGGGCUUUUCCUAGGAACUUGAGCUCCAAAAACAUCCAUGCAUUCAAUAGUUAAAGCUAGGGGAAAAGCAGCUAAAAACAAUGCAGCUUAUUUUUUUAUGCUCAUCACUAAAUGCUCUUGUGCCUGGAGUCGAUCAGUGAUGUAACAUGUCAGCUCUUUGUUUUGUUUUAUUCUGCCUUUUGCCAUUUAUUGUUAUUUAUAUUUAUAAAAAGCUAA